GUGAGGAAAUCCAAUAAAAGCCAAGUGACAGCAGAGGAUACUCCAGUGUUUCUAAGGAGCGGGAAACGUAAACACGCGAGAUGAUCUGGACCAUUUUUCUACUCGUUCAAGCUGCUCUGCUUUAUUUCAUCCUCACACACAGAUCAAGAUCUAAGGGUGAGCCUCCUCUGGACAAAGGAGUGAUCCCAUGGUUAGGCCAUGCACUUGAAUUUGGAAAAGAUGCUGCCAAGUUCUUGAAUCGAAUGAAGAUGAAACAUGGCGACAUUUUCACAGUGCAUGCUGCUGGACGUUAUGUGACGGUGCUGCUGGAUCCUCACUCGUACGAUGCUGUCAUCAACGACUCAGAUUCCCUGGACUUUACGCGCUACGCACAGGUGCUCAUGGAGAGGAUCUUCAACCUGCGGCUCCCGCAUCAUCAUCAGGACAAAGCAAAAGCCAUGAUGAAAAAGUACUUCAUGGGAAUGAAUUUGGGCACCCUGAACACCACUGUGGGCCGACACCUGCAGGCCUUGCUGAAAGCCAAGAUGCCUAAGAACCAGAAAGACUGGAAAGAGGACGGACUGUUCGACUUCUCUUACAGCUUACUGUUCAAGGCGGGGUACCUGACACUGUUUGGAGGUGAACAGAACAACAACAGCUCAGAUCCCUCGAGUGUCUACGAGGAGUACAAGAAGUUCGAUGGGCUCUUAACCAAAAUGGCAAGGGGAAUGCUAAAGUCAGAGGAGAAGAGGACGGCCCAGAGCGUUCGGCAGAGGUUGUGGGAGCUUUUGACUCCAGCGGGUCUGACUGGGGACUCGGGGUCGAGCCCCUGGCUUCACGGCUACAGGCGGCUCUUACAAGAGGAGGGGGCCGAUGAGGACACGCAGAGGAAGGCUGUUCUGAUGCAACUCUGGGCCACACAGGGUAAUGUUGGUCCUGCUGCAUUUUGGCUGUUGGGCUUCUUGUUGACAAAUCCUGAAGCCCUGACGGCAGUGAAGAGGGAAUUCAGCCGAAUCUCACAGAUGGAGACCUCAGAGAUGCCUCUCAUGGACAGAACUGUGAACACGCCUGUGUUUGACAGUGCUUUGGAAGAGGCACUGAGACUCACUGCUGCCCCCUUCAUCACCAGAGAGGUGGUCCAGGAAAAGAUCCUCCACAUGGCUGAUGGCCAAGAGUACCUGCUAAGAAAAGGAGACAGGGUGUGUUUGUUCCCCUUCAUCAGCCCUCAGAUGGAUCCCGAGAUUUACAACGAGCCACAGAAGUACAAGUACAACCGCUUCCUGAAUGAAGAUGGAUCAGCGAAGAAAGAUUUUUAUAAAGGGGGAAGGCGGCUGAAAUAUUACACCAUGCCGUGGGGCGCAGGGACCAAUGGCUGUGUGGGAAAGCAGUUUGCCAUCGAUACCAUCAGACAGUUUGUUUACAUGGUGUUGACUAACUACGAUUUGGAGCUGUGUGAGCCAAAUGCUCAGCUGCCGGAGGUAAAUGCCAGUCGUUAUGGAUUUGGGAUGCUACAACCAGAGGGGGACUUGCCUGUCCGAUAUAAACCGAGGAAUACACACUAGGACUUUAACAACAAACAAAACACACAUCAUUUAUGUACAUUUCAGCACAUGCACAUUACUGUCAAUAUGCCCUUUGUACUUUUAUAUUCCAUAUUUAUAUAAUACUGUACAUAAUUAUUUUGUUAUUUAUCAAUAAAUGUAAAUAAUACAUUGUGUAUAA